GCCUGCAGCAAUGUAAGGAUAAAUUAACAACAGAGGUUAAGAAUGCUGUAGAAAAUGAGGAAACCCUGAAACAUGUGAGAAAUUACUAUUUAGUUUCUAACACAGAUGAUAUAGAUGAGGAUUUUGAACAAAUGAGAAAGCAGUUACUGGUUACUGCGCAAUCAACAACUUCCUGGAAUGAAAGUAGACCCGUCCGGUGGGUUAACCUCGAAAAGUCACUGCUGGAAGAGAUAAAUAGCGGCCAAUUUAUCUUAUCUAAAGCGGAAAUUUUAGAAAUUGCAUCAAACACAAAUCAACCAAUUUCCGAUCCUGAUGAAGUUGAAGCUUUUCUCGUUUAUCACCAUGGCAUUGGUACGUACACAUACUUCAAAGAUUUACCUGAUUAUGUUGUUUUGUUUCCACAGUGGCUUGCAAAUGCAUUCAAAUGUAUAGUAUUUGCAGAUAUAUUUCAGGUUGAGGUAUCAAUUAUAACUGAAUGGAAUCAGUUCCGAACAACGGGACGACUAAGCGAAAAGCUUUUAGAUCAUUUAUUUUCAUGCCAAUCUUCAGAAAUUAAAGAUCAUCGCGAUCACAUUCUAGCGAUGAUGGAGAAAUUUGAUAUAAUAGUUCGUCCUAAAAUUAAGCAGGCAUCAAACGAAAUUGUACAGGAAUCAAAUUACUUUGUUCCUUGUAUGAAAAGGACAAAGGAUCUUGAUGAAGUGAUUGUUCUCUUUAAAUGUGAAUCAAAAUCUUCAUGGUUAUGUCUCGAAUUUGAAUUCUUACCACCGCCGUUGACAACCAGUCUUCUUCUUGCAUACAGUCGAGAACUUGCAGUUGCCUCAGUUAGUCAUUUAACAGGUGAUAGCGAGCUAGUGUUAUACAGCAAUUUUGCAUUGUUUUAUCUAAAAGAUGCUGAAGAUGAGAUGCUUUUAAUAGCGGCUCACAAAAAUAUUAUACAGAUGCAAGUUUGGAAAUGGGGACACAUAAAGCGGUCUUACAGUGCCUUAAGAAAAGAACUCGAUUCAUUUCUUCAACGACUAGGCAGACUCUUUCAGAUGAAAUUGUGUUACAAGACGAAGCUUAAAUGUUCAGCUUCAGCAUUGCCGUGCUGUGUUGGAAUGGAAGAUGUCGAUCAGAUUGAAGAGAAAACACAGUACUUUUGCAAAAUGCAUUCUGAGUUCCAUUGUACAAAUGAGAUUUCUGCUGAAUGGAUCGAAAAUACAUUAAAGGUAAUACAAAAGUCUUAA